AACGGCUUCAGCAUAUGUCAUGAUCCACUCAGGACAUAAAGGGAAAAUUUCCCAAUUAGUAAAAUGUCCGCUACUGCAUGAACCCGGUAAUGACGUCAGUUUCCGGUAACGUGCCUGUCACUAGUAUGGUGUAUUCAAGGUGAUCAACUUCUGCUACAGUUGAAUAAGUGUCGCUUGUUUAGAGUCAGUGGUACAAAUGACUGCCCCCACAGCAAAGGAAAGAAAAGCAUGCUGGGAUGCGCGAGACCUUUAUUGGCAAUGCAUGGACUCAAAUAAUGAAGAUAUUUCCAAAUGUGAAAAACUCAGGCAUUGUUUUGAAAGCAACUGUCCACAGCAAUGGGUUAAACACUUUGAGAAAAGAAGAGAUUAUCUAAAAUUCAAAGAAAAACUUGAAUCGGGGGAAUAUCAGCCUUCAAAAAACACAGAACAAUCAUAAGUGUAAUAUUUCCUAUGUAUGACAGGUCAUUUAUAUCUUUAAGAAGCAGAAAUUAUGUUACUGAAGUUAUCAAUGAAUACAGAUCCCUUAAUGAAAAUGUAUUGUCUGCACAUUUUCAAUGUCUGAAAAUUCUUGCUCUUUAAAAGAGGGGAAACAAAGCUGAAAUAAUCAUUACUGCAAAUAGGACAAUAACAUUUUUAUUUGGUUCUUGAGAUAAUGCUUUUGGCACAUGCGGGAACGGAGUAUGCUGCGUUAUACCAGAUUCACAAAAAACUCGCUGAUACAAUGAUUUGAUUGAAUCUGCUGCUUGUCAAACCUGCAAUAUAUUUUUUUUUUUUUGUAUAUAUUUAAAAAGACAUUAAACACCUUUUGGUUUUGUGAAAAACGUGUGCUUUGUCCUACACUGACUAAAGGGGCUAAGAGUAAAGUAUAAGAAAAUAGUCCAGCACACACCUGAAGCUGGGUGCAAAGCUGUAGCAAGAUACCACACAACCCCACAAAGAUAUCCAAGUAUUUCAAAGGAACAGCAGCACUCCAAAAUGGUAAAGCUUUAUCACAGGCAUUUUUUUCCUUUCGUCAUUCGUUUAACAAAUAGCACAUGUCUACUGCAUAAGUGGCUUUAUGACUCUUAAUGCAGCCUCUUGUUUGUUGUGCUGGCCAUUUCAAGGAGAGAUAACUUUACAUUGUGUAAUCAUUCAGGCACCCCAAUUAGAAAUCUGGGCUUAAAUAAAGUUUGUUGCACGUGUUGUAUGCCUUGUACACUAAACAUAAGCAUUUGAUGUCCCUGAAAAAUGACUAUAAUGUGUUUAAAAAAAGAGAUAUAUAUAUAUAUAUAUAUAUAUAUAUAUAUAUCACAGUUGUACACCGUCAGUUUUUUUAUACAGGAUGUAUACAUGUAAACAUUAAUUAAAGGGUAUUUUUCUUGAAAAUAGGAUUUUGUGGUUUUCUUUUCAAAUCAACAAGUUAGUAAACCAUUUCAAGUUGGUGCUCAUGUGAGUAAAAGAUUGGCUAAAGCAUUGGAAGAUACUGAAAUAUGUCUGUGGCUACUGUUAACAGUAGUUUAGAAUUAGAGAUUAACCCGUUCCUUGUGACACAGAUUGCACUACUCCAGCAUUCUCUUACAAUAUGGACUCAAAGUUUUACUUAAAAACAGGUUGAAAAAUGUCGCCCUUCCUAAUAUUAGUAGUGUAUCCAUUUUUAUUUUCAUUGUAUAGCCUGAGGAAACAGCCUCUGAGGGGCUGAGAAACACGUUGCUUUGUUUUUAAAAUAAAAUGUUUUUAUGAUA